ACGAUGAUGCUAGACUAGGGAAUUUUCUGGGCUAGUUCUGGCUGAUCUUUUUCAUCUAUAUAUAUAUCUCUCUCUCUCUCUCUAUUGACCCAAUUUCCGACUGCUGUAUUCUCGCAAGUUCCUUCAUUUUCUAGUUCUUACCCCUCAUCGAAAUACUUACCCCGCCACAAUUACCACCAUGGCCUCCAAGACCUUCAACGUCGGAGUCGUAGGCUACGGCUUCAGUGCAAAGAUCUUCCAUAUCCCAUUCGUGCAAGAAGUCCCUCAAUUGAACCUCUAUGCCGUUGUUCAGCGAACUCCCAAGCCUGAUGAUGACGCCGAAAAGGACCACCCUGGCAUCAAGUCCUACCGAACCACUGAAGACAUGGUCAAGGAUGCAGGCGUCGAUUUGGUUAUCAUUACCACCGCGCCGGAGUCGCACUAUUCUUUGUCCAAGCUGGCUUUGGAGAAUGGAAAGCACGUGGUCUGCGAGAAACCCUUCACUCCCACCUCCAAGGAAGCCGAUGAACUCGUUGCGCUUGCCCAGAAAAACAACAAACUGCUCGCGGUGUACCAGAACCGUCGAUGGGAUGCCGACUUCGUGACCCUCUCGAAACUAGUGAAGAACGGAUCUCUCGGCCGUGUCGUAGAAUUCGAAACACACUUCGACCGCCAUCGUCCCGAAGAGCCUGCUCCUGAGGUCUCGAAGUGGAAGAACAAGGUCCUCCCCGGAGGAGGCGCCAUCUUUGACCUCGGAUCCCAUCUCCUGGACCAGGCUGUGCAUUUGCUGGGCAAGCCUGACCGGGUCACUGGUUUCGUUGGCUCCCAGCGAGAAGUCAACACCUCUGGAUACGAGGAUUCCUUUACCGUGCUGCUACACUAUAACGCGGGCGUGCUGGUUACUGCUAAGGCGGGUGUCGUCAGUCCUGAAGCAGAGCAGUUGCGAUUCUGGGUCCGGGGAGACAAGGGAAGCUUCAAGAAGUUCCAUCUCGAUGUCCAAGAGGACCAACUCAAAGAAGGUCUGCGGCCUAGUGACAGUGGGUAUGGCAGAGAACCCAGUGAACAUUAUGGUAUGCCUUGUACUCCGGAGACUUUCGCGUGUUACUGCUGAUCAUAUCUCUCCUUGAUAGGCUUCCUAACCACCGUCCAAAAUGACACGCCCGUUAAAGAAGUUGUGCCCACUGUGGAACCACCCACAUACACCGAAUUUUACAGGAAGAUGGCCCGAGCUCUUGCCGGCGAAGGUGACGUGCCUGUCAGUGG